CUGGUUUUUGCGGAACGCACCGUUUUCCGCUCAUUUUUCAUCACUCUUGCCACGCGUUGAAAAUAGAUCAUUUUGUAUAUUUUUUCCCUUCGACACGAAUAAUAAAUCAUGGCAAAAACAUUUGACAAAAUGUUUUUAAAUGUACUUUUAUUAGGAUUCGCUUUUAUGUUAGUUUUUACAGCCUUUCAAACAUGUGGGAUGAUUCAAAAAACUGUUAUAACAAGCAUGAAGAAGUCAUAUGAAAAUUACGAUGGAGAUGGCUACAUAAGUUUAGCUGUGGUGUAUGCAGUAUUUUCAGUCUCCAAUUGGAUUGCACCAUCUAUUAUUUGUAAGUUGGGACCUAAAGUAUCGAUGAUACUAGGAGGACUAACUUAUUGUUUAUUUAUUGGAAACUUCUUUUUUCAUGAGACUUGGUGCUUGUACCUUGCAUCAGCUAUUGUUGGAUUUGGAGCCUCUGUUAUCUGGACUGGUCAAGGAAACUUCUUGACGAUUAAUUCAGAUUCUGAUACAAUGUCUAGAAACAGUGGAGUGUUCUGGGCUUUACUCCAAUGCAGCUUAUUGUUUGGUAACAUUUUUGUGUUCUUCACCUUCCAAGGCAAAUCUGAAAUUGAUGAUCAAACAAGAUAUACAGUGUUUGGGGUUCUUCUUGGUGUUGCCAUUGUAGGCAUUGUUUUAAUGCUGUUUCUAAGAACAAAUAAAUCUGAUUCUAUUACUUUGUCUACACUUACAAGUGGUGAACCAGAAGUUUCCGGUGCUAAAGAGGAGUUUGUGAAAGCUUUCAAGCUUCUGAAGACAAAAGAAAUGCUUCUACUAGCAUUAAGUUUCUUAUACACAGGUUUAGAGCUGUCUUUUUUUAGUGGUGUGUAUGGUGCCGGUAUCUCUUUUACAAAACGAUUUGGAGAUGAUGCUGUAAAAUAUGUUGGAAUUUCAGGAAUUUGUAUAGGAAUUGGAGAAAUACUUGGUGGAGCUGUUUUUGGAAUUCUCGGCAAGAAAACAAACAAAUACGGUAGAGAUCCUGUAAUAUUGCUUGGCUUUAUUACACACAUGAUUACUUUUUACCUGAUUUGCAUUAAUCUCCCUGCAGAAGCUACUCUACAUGAAACUCCACAGCGAGCAAUGAUUGAAAGCAGUGUUUGGAUUGCAAUGAUUUGUGCUUUUGGAUUAGGCUUUGGAGAUUCAUGUUAUAACACACAGAUCUAUUCCAUCUUGGGCUCCAUGUAUGCAGAAGAAAGUGCACCUGCUUUUGCAAUAUUCAAAUUUUUCCAGUCCAUCUCAGCAGCAGCUGCAUUCUUUUACUCAACAAAAUUAAAGCUUCCAUAUCAACUACUCAUUCUGGCAAUAUCUGGAACUAUUGGCACCUUUUCGUUUUGGGCUGUAGAAUGGAACGAAUAUGUAAGGACAGCCAAAGAAACACGUGAACUGCAAUCUAGUGAAAAACUUUGAUUGUUCCCACAUUUUAUUUAGCGAUUUAAAAUGGAAAGUCAGUAGAUAUUUUGAUGUAUCUAAUGAAUUUGCAAUAUUGUGUCAAAAGUAUUGG